AUGGUUGGACUGGACGCCAAAGAACCAAAGAUAGAGCCAAUGAGAGUCGUGGACGUCCCGAAGACAGUGGACGAGAUGCUUGUUGCGAACGAAGGCGAUCCAUGGGCGAGGUACAAAGGGGGCCAUCCCGUCGACAAUGUGGAGAAGACUAUAUUUCCGCUGCAGCUCAAGACGACAAUCUACCUCAGGUGGCUCGACGGUAUUCGCAGGCGCGAGCACUGGACGAUCAACAGGGGUGACUCCGUCCUGGUGUACAGCGCCGCCGAGAACAGUCUUCCUCGAUGGAAGCGGACGAUCAACCAAACCAUACAGACUCUCAUCAACCGCUUCCUCGGUGUGUUCCCAUACCUCAGCACCCCCGAGCAAAGGAAGCGGGGCAAAGAGGCAGGGGACAAGCUGCGAGCUACCAUCGCCCAACACAUCGGGGACAGGGCCGCCGACCUGAUAUCCUUAGACAACCUCGUUACGGCUGUGCGAGCGCAGAAGCGAGGGUAUGCGUCCGCGCUGGUGACCAAACUGAUGGACUUGGCCGACGAGCAGGGCCGCGGAGUGUGGCUGUUCACGCACGAACGCACUGUGGGCUUCUACGCGCAAUUCGGGUUCAAGAGGAUCGCCCAUUUCACCGUCGGGGACGACAAUCCGACAUGGACAGAAAAGCCUGUUGUUAUGUGCAUGAUGUUGAGAGAGCCAAAGACAGACUCACCACAGCACGUUACGGAGCAGAAGACAGACUCCUAG